AUGACUUUACAUUACUUUAUGAUAUCCCCUAUUCCCCAGCAACCACCUCAAGCUUUUAAUCCGCGAUUGAGGUUAUGUUUGUGGAAAACGUUGGAUUAAUCAAGCGCGAUCGCAAAUAUCAUGUUUGAAAUUCAAUUAAACCGCCCUUUCCAUAUGUACAGCCUGCGGGCGAAACGUGUUACAAACAGGUGUUCGUGAUGAUUUAAUUCCAGAUGUUUUUGUAUUAAUUUUCAGGCUGAUAUCAGUGCUCAAAGUGAUCCUCGAGGCAGGUGAAGCGAUUCUCGGGGGAGGCAAGCAAUCCUCAAGAUAGUCCAAGUGAUCUUCAAGGGAGGCCAAGUGAUUCGCGGAGUUGGGGUAGGCGAGUUGAGCUUUUGCCAACGUUAGGGUAAGGCUAAGUGGUCAGGUCCUAAGUCAAGGCAAGGAAUUGUUCUGUAGCGUUAAAAAGGGCAGGCAAAGUGACCGUUUUCCAUCGUUCCAGAAGGCAAAGCAACCGUUCUCUACCGUUAAAAAGGCCAAAGUUAUCGCUGAUCAACGUCAAGCUAGGACAAGGGGUCCAACUUCAAAGUUCACGAUCUCAGCCAACAUUUCCAAGUCUACAGUAUCCCCCAACGGCUACAGUUUGGUGCAGACAUGUGAGCCCAACUGUAAGGGGGUCGAGUUGUAAGUUUUUUAAAAUUUUAAAUGGGUUGAUCAUAAGGUACAGUAAGACUUUUAUAAUGUACUGCUUACCUCUCCCCCCUGCUUCAAGGCAGGGUAGGCAAUACUGAAAGGAAACACUUAAGCUAUGGGGUGGAGAGAAGGCUAGUAUAAGAUUUUAUUGCACCCCACCUCUUUUCAGAGACACGCUGAUGAUGCAGCUGAGUGGUGCUGUCUCAGUACCACCUCGACCCUCCACAAUUCCUUCGCAUCGGCAAAGGAAACCAUCCGCCGAGAAACUGUGUAAAAGUAAAAAGUUAAUAAUAAUUGUUGGUGUGACAUUGUUGAUAUUGUUUAUACUAUGGAGGCUACUACUACGAUCCUACUUGCUACCGUAUACGUUGACAAAACAGGAGUUAGAGGAUUCACUGAAAACUACGGUAGGUUUGGAGUUACUGUAAGUGUACAGUAGUGUAGGGUAAAGGAUAACGUACGCUAGUAUAGGGUAGGGUAGGGUAGGGUAGGGUAGGGUAGGGUAGGGUAGGGUAGGGUAGGGUAAGGUAGAGUAGUACUGUAACAGUUCCAUUUUUCCUGAAAACUACGGUAGGUUUGGAGCUGAAAACUACGGUAGGUUUGGAGUUACUGUAAGUGUACAGUAGUGUAGGGUAAAGGAUAACGUACGCUAGUAUAGGGUAGGGUAGGGUACGGUAGGGUAGGGUAGGGUAGGGUAGAGUAGGGUAGGGUAGGGUAGGGUAGGGUAGGGUAGGGUAGGGUAGGGUAGGGUAGGGUAGGGUAGGGUAGGGUAGGGUAGGGUAGGUUAGGGUAGGGUAGGGUAAGGUAGAGUAGUACUGUAACAGUUCCAUUUUCCUGAAAACUACGGUAGGUUUGGAGCUGAAAACUACGGUAGGUUUGGAGUUACUGUAAGUGUACAGUAGUGUAGGGUAAAGGAUAACGUACGCUAGUAUAGGGUAGGGUAGGGUAGGGUAGGGUAGGGUAAGGUAGAGUAGUACUGUAACAGUUCCAUUUUCCUGAAAACUACGGUAGGUUUGGAGUUACUGUAAGUGUACAGUAGUGUAGGGUAAAGGAUAACGUACGCUAGUAUAGGGUAGGGUAGGGUAGGGUACGGUAGGGUAGAGUAGGGUAGGGUAGGGUAGAGUAGGGUAGGGUAGGGUAGGGUAGGGUAGGGUAGGGUAGGGUAGGGUAGGGUAGGGUAGGGUAGGGUAGGGUAAGGUAGAGUAGUACUGUAACAGUUCCAUUUUCCUGAAAACUACGGUAGGUUUGGAGCUGAAAACUACGGUAGGUUUGGAGUUACUGUAAGUGUACAGUAGUGUAGGGUAAAGGAUAACGUACGCUAGUAUAGGGUAGGGUAGGGUAGGGUAGGGUACGGUAGGGUAGGGUAGGGUAGGGUAGAGUAGGGUAGGGUAGGGUAGGGUAGGGUAGGGUAGGGUAGGGUAGGGUAGGGUAGGGUAGGGUAGGGUAGGGUAGGGUAGGGUAGGGUAGGGUAGGGUAAGGUAGAGUAGUACUGUAACAGUUCCAUUUUCCUGAAAACUACGGUAGGUUUGGAGCUGAAAACUACGGUAGGUUUGGAGUUACUGUAAGUGUACAGUAGUGUAGGGUAAAGGAUAACGUACGCUAGUAUAGGGUAGGGUAGGGUAGGGUAGGGUAGGGUAAGGUAGAGUAGUACUGUAACAGUUCCAUUUUCCUGAAAACUACGGUAGGUUUGGAGUUACUGUAAGUGUACAGUAGUGUAGGGUAAAGGAUAACGUACGCUAGUAUAGGGUAGGGUAGGGUAGGGUACGGUAGGGUAGAGUAGGGUAGGGUAGGGUAGAGUAGGGUAGGGUAGGGUAGGGUAGGGUAGGGUAGGGUAGGGUAGGGUAGGGUAGGGUAGGGUAGGGUAGGGUAGGGUAGGGUAAGGUAGAGUAGUACUGUAACAGUUCCAUUUUCCUGAAAACUACGGUAGGUUUGGAGCUGAAAACUACGGUAGGUUUGGAGUUACUGUAAGUGUACAGUAGUGUAGGGUAAAGGAUAACGUACGCUAGUAUAGGGUAGGGUAGGGUAGGGUAGGGUACGGUAGGGUAGGGUAGGGUAGGGUAGAGUAGGGUAGGGUAGGGUAGGGUAGGGUAGGGUAGGGUAGGGUAGGGUAGGGUAGGGUAGGGUAGGGUAGGGUAGGGUAGGGUAGGGUAGGGUAGGGUAGGGUAGGGUAGGGUAGGGUAGGGUAGGGUAGGGUAGAGUAGUACUGUAACAGUUCCAUUUUCCAGACCACCCGACCAGAUAUAAACCGACCGCCGGAAAUGUCGUGGAACGAAAGUGACCUUCUCCAUCGACCAGUACCAACUGACGCGAACGAAGUGUUGGGCACAGAAUUCUUCAAAAUCAGUGCUGAUUUACCGGUCGAAUCCACAAAUCAUGAAAUUCAUCAGAAGAUCCAAAUUGAUCACUUCCCAACGUUCGACCGGCAACAUCCAAAACAGAUUGGUCGAUUCGGGGACAGUGGUGUAUAUACGACAAGAAGGAGUAGUACUAGUACUGUUGCUAGCACUACUACGACUGGGAGGACCAGUACAACUAAGGUUUUGAAGAAUGAUGACUUUAGAGAUGAAUUGAACGACUUGAUAGAUGAGUUAGAUCAACAAGGCAAUGGUGAUGGUAUUGAUCAUACUACGGUAGGUACAGUAAGAAAAGAUUGGGUAGGGUAAAAUAAGAGGAAGGCGGUAAAAAAGGGGGAGCAAUUUCUAAAAUAGGGUCUUUUGAUAACAUAUGAUGACGAUAAAGCAUAUUUCAGUACUAGUAGUACCAAAAAUACUUUUAGACCACCAAAAAGCCCCUACCAGUCCCACUAGUAGUUCGAGACGAUGAUGAAGAUGUUCGACCGGUUGAAAUGUCAUUCGGUGACGACGACUGGUCGAUGAACCCAAUCGACCAUCAUGAAGAACAUCAAGCUACACUAAACAAGCAUUUCCAUCAAAAAUAUAGACCACCAACCGUACCAACAGUACCAAAUGCACCAUCCGAACACACUAUACCAUAUGGACGACAUCGACCAUCCAACCAAAUAGUACCAACAGUACCAGACACACCAGAACCCGUAUGGCGGAUAAAACCUCCAAAUUUGGGAGAGGACAUCCCACCACCCCCUCCACCCAAACGACCGGUCAUGAACAUACAGGCCACCAUGAAGACGUACGGUAAGUGAUGCUAUGUGCUGUCUGACCUCUAUUAACAGAACGUCAACACUGAAGUGGCGGUAGAUGGUGGAGGAGAUCGAGGCGUCCGGAUGGCUUUCAAUUCUUUUCCAUUUCGUUCGCUUUACCUACUAUAAUAUGUGUUUUUCUUUGUUUUACGUACUAUAAUAUAUGCUUUUGAAUCGUUUUACCUUCUAUAAUAUGUGUUUUUAGUUAGUCUUACCUACUAUAAUAUAAGUUUUUGGUUUUUUUUGCUUCGCAUCUUUAGUUCUUCUACCUACAUAGUCUUUUGUUUGCUUUAUAUAUUGGUCAAAACGUUUUUAGAACUAAUUUCUUUUAGUAAAAUCGGCUUUUCACCGAGUUUUAUAGCUUUUUCCUUUAUUUUUAGCACUUUUUUAACAUUUUUAUCAAUUCUUUAGCCAAAAAAGCUGUUAAAAUCAGUAAAAACAUAAAAUAUUAUGAACAAAUGACCUUUAUAUAAUCAUAUUCAUCUAUUUCAUAGUCAUUUCUAACCCCUUAUCUCCUCAAAAAUCUAAAUUUACCCAUCAACCCCUUGUUUUUACCUAAAACAAUAUUGUCUUACCCUUAUUUCUCCAAAAUUCUUGAGUUUUAUGUAUCACCAACUGCUUUAAACCCUCAGUGUUAACAGCUUUAAGCCCUUAUGUAUAGUUACCUUUUGUUUGUUGACCUUCUAAACUGUGUUGAACUAUUCUAUCAGCUUACACGUCUUCAGAAUCCCGCCGUCAUCCACAACGUCAGAAACAGGUGGUUACGCAGGAAGAUGAUCCGUUGAGGGAUGUAAGUUGCUUUUUUUGAUUUGAAGCUAAAAUACGAAAUAUUUUAGAGUCAAAUUAAAUUUUUGGGGCUAGGGGGCGCAGAAUUAUUUGAACAACCUAUAUUUAUAUUUUUACAAAUUGCAAAAUUUAUCGAAAGUUUAAGAUUAGGUUGUUCAAAUAAUUGUAAGCCCCUAACUCCAAAAAUAUGCUUUAAGAGGGUUCAGAAUUAUUUGAACAACCAUAUAUUAUAACACAUUAUAUUACCUAAAUAAUAUUAUACCUCAAUUCAGACGCCGGUCAUUGUGACAGCAUUGCUAGACAUAGGCCGAGGGAACUGGGAACGGUUUACUAGACCAUAUGAUUUGUAUUUGAGUUACCUAAUGGACCUACUUGGCAUGCGAAACAGGAUUAUUGUAUAUUGUGAUAGUGCAGCCAAGGACUUCUUGCACAACCAAGAGCUGAGCUGGAAUCGAAUUCAGGUAAAAUUUUAUGAUUUAGUUGUUUUCUGGUAUGGUAAGAUUUCAUAGAUAUUUGCGAAGUUGAUUUUAUUAUCUUAUUGAUCCCUAAAUUAAGUUUUGAUUAAAAAAUAAUGGCACACAUAGCUAAAAGUUCGAAGAAAAGGCCAAAAAUUGACGAAAUUUCUUCAAAAAUUAAAUUCUACAAACUUUUUGACCGCAAAAAACUCUAUUCUAAUAUCAAGCCACUCUUUGCAUUAUUUUGCAUCAUUAUUUCCUCACCAUAUUACCCAUAAAACCCUAUUUCAGCUGGUUGAAAUCACCCUAGCCGACUUGCCAUUUUACAAAUUUCGGGAUGAAAUUUCGAAAAUUUUACAAAAUGAACAAGAAAACUGGAAAGACUCAUGGGAUCUGAAAGUAAAGUCACAUCCAGAAGCUUUGUACGCUGAUUACAACAUAUUGGUCAACUCCAAACCCUACUUUAUGUACAAUGCCACCAAGAUAUCGUAUUUUGAGGCUGAUACGUUUGUAUGGGUCGAUGCUGGUUAUAGUAAGUUGAAAUUUAUAUUAUUAAGGAACGUAUAUCUUUAAAUUAUCAUUUUACUAUUAUUAGGUUGUACAAAAAGUAAUAAGCUAUGUCUUGUAAGUCACAUGGAGUUCAGUAGCUCAUUACUUUUUAGACAAACUAAUAUUAACCGGGAAAUUCAAAAUUUAAAUUUUUAGCAAUUUAUGAUCUUUAUUUUCCAUGUUACAAUAAAAAGUUAUCAAUAAUAAUGUAAACCAAUAUGCCAUUGUUUUAGGUCACGGAUCACGAGAUAUAAUACCACAAAGCUUAUGGGAUCCAGAACUACCGAAAGAUAAAAUAACUGUGAUUAAAAUAACACCGGAAAUUGACAAAUCGACCAAGUAAGUUGGUUUUUAUACUAAAAUAUUACGUUAGAUGACUAACUAUAAGGAUUUUUUGGAAAAAAAUUAAACAAUGAUACUAUUUUUGAUGCAGAAUACUCAAAUAAGACAAAAGAAACUGUGUAAAAGCUUUCACCGAUUCACCGAAACUUAAGAAAACUGUAAGGGAAACGACCUUUUUGUUUCUGGACUAGGGCGCAGCUGAACGAUGAUUCUGCAGCCUGCGCACGUAUAGGCAACAUUAUACCGCUUUUCUUGUGAUAAUGUUGUUUUAAAUACUUUAUCAAUCUUAUGUAAUUUCACAUUUUUUACAAUUUUUAAAAUUUUUAUUGAAAUUUAAAAUUUCCACUUAUAGGUACACCUUGGACCUGGUCUACCGCAAGCAAUGGACGGUAAUCAGUGGUGGAGUGAUAGCUGGUGAUCGAAGCUCUAUCCGAAGGUUCAAUAUGUUCUUUCUCAAAGUAUUUUUGGAUUUACUGAACGAUAAUUUUGUUGACGAUGAUCAGACAACGUUGUUGAUGACGAUCAAGGACUACUUUGGGAUGUUUAACAUACUGACUGGUGGAUGGUUUGACGCUUUUAGGUUGAUACCUUUGAGGAGUUGA